AUGCUCUUCUCUUCCCUCCUCGUCGCCGCCGUCGCGGCCUCGGCCGCCCCCAUCGCCAAGCUGCAGCAGCGCGAGCCCACUGGCUGGGCGAGCAAGCUCGAGCCCUACGACACGUACCACGUCCGCUACGUCGCCCUCGGCUGCUCAAAGCAGCACAACACGCAGUUCUUCACCGACUGCUGCCACCCGCUCAAGAACGGCACCGACCUGUCCUCGCGCCCGUCCUACUGCACGCCCAACGCGACCGCCCUCGCCUCGGCCUCGGCCCGUAUCGCCAAGCAGAGCGGCGCUACCACCGCUCCCCUUCCUUCGGCCUCGGACGACGCCGACGACGAGUACUGCUCCGACGCCGCUCCCUCCAACUCGGGCGCCCCUGCCCCCUCGGCCGCCGUCGGCACCCCGCUCAACGCCCCCGCGCCUUCCCCCGCCCCUACCACCUCGGCUGCUGACGCCCAGGCCACCCCCGACGCCUCGUCCUCGUCUACCACCACCACCGAGGCUGCCCCUUCGUCCACCACUACCACCGACGCCGCCCCCUCGUCGUCGCCUACCGCCGAGGCUGACUCGGCCUCGUCGGCCAUUGACAACAACGAGGCCUUUGCCGCCGCCGCUGCGCCCACGCCGUCGUCGUCCUCGUCGGACAAGAAGGAGGCCCCUACCCAGGCGCCCUCGUCCUCGACUACCACCACCACGGACCAGCCCCAGCCUACCUCGGCCGCUCCUACUCAGGGCGGUGGCGGCGGCGGCUCGGGCCAGACCUACGGCGACGCCUACGCCACCUUCUUCUACCAGAACGGUGUCGCCGGUGCCUGCGGCACCGUCCACUCGGACUCGGACGCCAUCGUCGCCAUCGACACCAACGGCUGGUGGCAGAACACUGGCCAGGUCUCGGACCUCUGUGGCCGCCAGGUCCGCAUCACCCGUGUCUCGGACGGCCGCCAGGUGACCGCCACCAUCGCCGACGCCUGCCCCACCUGCGACACGAACAACUCGCUCGACCUCUCGGUCGGUGCCUUCAACCAGAUCGCCACCCCCGCCGAGGGCAUGGUCGGCAUCACCUGGCAGUUCAUCUAA